GGAAAGAGAACAACUCUGCCAGACUGAAGAAGGAGUAAAAAGAGAAAAAGAGCGUAUCAAAGACCUGGCCCAGCGCCCGUUUAACGCUGGAGGAUCGUGUUUUGUCAGAGCCAUACAGGGACAACUCUUAAUGGAGCCUCAGACAGGCGCCUCCCUCUGACCUGCCGACAGCCACACAGACAGACAACAACAUGGACGUAGAUCCUCCAAACAGCACGUUGGCCAACACGUCAUAUGUCCACGCGGCUCCCCACAACGUCUGGGAGGUCAUAACCAUCGCUACGGUGUCGGCCAUCGUCAGCCUGAUCACUAUAGUUGGUAACGUGUUGGUGCUGCUGUCAUUCAAAGUCAACAGCCAGCUGAAGACUGUGAACAACUACUACCUGCUGAGUUUGGCUUUCGCCGACCUCAUCAUCGGAGUGUUGUCGAUGAACUUGUACACCACGUACAUCCUGAUGGGUUACUGGUCGUUGGGAAACCUUGCAUGUGACCUCUGGCUCGCAGUGGAUUAUGUAGCCAGCAACGCUUCAGUUAUGAACUUACUGGUCAUCAGCUUCGACAGGUACUUCUCCAUCACGAGGCCGCUGACUUACAGAGCUAAAAGGACUCCAAAGAGAGCCGCCAUCAUGAUCGGCCUCGCCUGGCUGGUGUCCUUUGCCCUCUGGGCGCCACCCAUCCUGUGCUGGCAGUACUUUGUAGGAGAGAGAAACGUGCCUGCUUUCCAGUGCCAAAUCCAGUUUUUAACAGAGCCUGUGAUCACAUUUGGGACGGCCAUCGCUGCCUUCUACAUCCCCGUCUCGGUUAUGACAAUCCUCUACUGUCGGAUCUACAAAGAGACGCAGAAACGGACCAAAGAUCUGGCCGAGCUGCAAGGGCUCGCAACAGAAAACGUUCUGGAGGGGACUAAACCGCAGAAAACUAUCAUUCAUUCUUGCUUUCAUUUCACCAGAGAGAGGAGGGAGCGGAGUCAGGCCUCCUGGUCCUCGUCUAACCAAAGUAAUGCCACUAAAAUGACCACGAGAUCAGAUGAGGCGUGGGCGAAAGCAGAUCAGAUCACUUCCUUUAACAGCUACUCCUCGUCUGAGGAGGAGGAGCAGCAUGUUUCAAUAGAAACCCCAGAGGGGUCUUUCAAAGAGCAAGGUAGUGGACAAAAUAAGAACGGGCAGGUGAACGAAUACACAGAAGAUCUGUACUUUUCUACGCCUAAAAAGAAGAGCAGCAAAAAACGCAUCUCUUAUAAGUUCAAGCCCGGCUCCAAGGGUAAAAACGGCAAACCUAAAACUGCCACGCCCUGCCUGCCUGAAGCAGAGCCGCCCACCAAAAACGCCUCCCCGUCCUCCUCCACCACCUCCAAACCCAUCGACCCCGUCCUGAAGAACCAGAUCACCAAGAGGAAGCGGAUGGUGCUGGUGAAGGAGAAGAAGGCAGCGCAGACCCUCAGCGCCAUCCUCCUGGCCUUCAUCCUCACCUGGACGCCGUACAACAUCAUGGUGCUCAUCUCCACCUUCUGCGCCGAGUGCAUCCCCACGUCCCUGUGGCACCUGGGCUACUGGCUGUGCUACGUCAACAGCACCAUCAACCCCAUGUGCUACGCCCUCUGCAACAAGACCUUUCAGAAGACGUUCCGCAUGCUGCUGCUCUGCCAGUGGAGGAGGCGGAGGAGAGGCGAGGACAAGCUGUACUGGUGUGGACAAAACCCAAACGUCAACAACAAAAUGACUUGAUAUCAGAGCAGACUUAUUGCUUCUGCCCACACGUGGAUUUUCUUGAUAUAUACUGUAGUCAGUGGUCAUCUUCAGCAUGAAGUGCUGCAUGUGAUUUUUGUGUUCAAAGUACAUGUUGGUGGAAACGGAUCUGAGCCUGAUGCAGCAGACUGCUGCUCCAGAUCAUUACAGAAAAGAAACGUCAUGAAGGUGGCGACACAUUGUUACAAUGCUUAAAAAAUGGGUUCAGAUUAUUAUUAAAGUCUAUCUUAAUGAGGAACUCCACCGAUUUAAUUGUGUUACAGGUGUUGGGGAGCAUGUGAGAAAAGGUUGGUGAGCCUUUUGUGGCUCCAGAGGAAGCUGCAGAAAACAUAAAA